AUGGAAGAUCAAACAGCACAAACAUGUGAAAACGGAAAUUAUCAAGAAUAUCGAACUCCUUUACCAUUGAAUGGUCAAACUUCUUACCAAACUUAUCCACCGUUCUAUUACAAUAUUACUUAUCCCUAUUAUACCACUCAGAUGUAUCCGUAUCAAAUGCAAUACCAACAAUACCAACCAUUCCAAAAUCAAAUUGAUGAAGUCGAUGCUGCUCAAAAAGCACGCGAAAGAAAGGAGAAAAGACUUGAAGUGCUUGUGUCGCUGAUUUUAUUUGUUUUAGGCUUCUUCUGUUUGAUUACUUGGGUCGUUAACUUGAUGCUAUUCAAUCGAAGUCAAGUCAAAAAGGCUAGAAUAAUGGCGCAACUCUCUUGGGCUUUUAUAGUGAUGACCUGGGUAUUUGCAGUCUUCACUAUUCUCUUCACCAGUACAAUUUAG